AUAGGCCAAAUGUUGGAAGCCAAAGGCAAGCUUGACUCCGUAGUCCAUGAGGUUUUCAGCUAGCUGGCCAAUUUCUUUAGUAUUGGACUGGAGUUGGUGGACAUAGUGAAAAGCACCCCAACCUGAAACUUUAAUAGCCUAUCAUUUUCCUAUGUUCCAAGCCACAUAGAGCUUCAGGGGAGCGGAUUUAACAAGGAACAACAGUAGCAAGCUGCAUGAUAGCCGGCCAUGCCAGGCAAUUGACAUCUCAGGAAGCCCAAAGAACCGUACAAGCAUUAGAAACCAAAGUUGCAGUAUCAAAUAAACUUCCUCUAUAUCCAAAUUCCAUUUGCCUCUCUUGCCUACCAUGGCUAAACAUGGCUUCCUGUUCUUCCUCACCUUGUUUCUGCAACACCACCGUACCAGGGCUGCUUUGCUUGAUUGGCCAAGAAGCAACAUAGCAUCAUCAGCGCUAUGGCAACCCAUGCAAUGCAAUGCUGUAUCCGUCAAGCCUUCAUGCAGCUCAUUCCUCUACGUCACUCCUGAAGGACGUAACCUGUCUGAAAUAGCUUCUGUCUUCAAUGGGAGUGCAUCUCUCAUCCAGCCUAUCAGACGGCUCUCUGGUUCAGAGGACCUGUUGGUGGGUGUGCCAUGCAUGUGCGAGGCGAUCAAUAAAACCAUGACUGCUCUCUUCCAUGACACUCUGUAUAAAGUGGAGCGGGAAGAUACAUUUUACAGUAUCAAUAUCAACAAAUUCAGUGGGCUCGCAAUGUAUGUUAGUGAUAGCAAGAACCUGACUGCAGACAAUACAACUAUGGUUCACCUGCCAUGCGGAUGUUCCUCAACAGCAACAGAUGGAGUGUUGUCCUAUGCAGUGCAGGAGGAGGAUACCCUGAGCACUAUUGCAAGCUUGUUCAGAUCAAGUUCACAAGAUAUCUUAAACUUGAAUCCGGAAUUAGUGAAUCCUAAUUUUAUUAGAACAGGGUGGAUCUUAUUUGUCCCUAUGGGUGUUUCUGGUUCUCCUAAGAAAAAGGUUGGAAGUUUGUCGAUCAUAAUAGCAGCAUCAAUAUCAGCUGCAGUACUGCUACUCUGCGUGUUCACUAUCAUUUUUCGGCUGAAAAGGAGGUCUUCUCAGCACAAUGUUGAAGCACCUGAGAUUAAAAUGGAAGGAGUUCCCGGCAGCACCAGCAUUGCUGCCCUAGAGAGCCGUUUCUUUCCAUCCAUGAGAAUUAAUGACAUUGAUCCGUUCCAAACAGAGAGACCUGUGAUUUUCAGCUUGAAAACAGUUGGAGAUGCUACAGCUAAUUUUGACGAGAAAAGAAAAAUUGGUGAGGGAGGAUAUGGCAGCGUCUACCUCGGUUUCAUAGGGGCACAUGAAAUUGCAGUUAAGAAGAUGAAAGCAAGCAAAUCUAAGGAGUUUUUUGCUGAGCUGAAAGUUCUGUGCAAAGUACAUCAUAUAAACGUUGUUGAGUUGAUUGGUUAUGCCGCUGGGGAUAAUCACCUGUACCUUGUUUACGAGUAUGUCCAGAACGGAUCACUUAGUGAGCAUCUACAUGAUCCUUUGCUAAAAGGUCAUCAACCUCUUUCAUGGACUGCAAGAACACAGAUAGCAUCGGAUGCAGCACGUGGUAUUGAGUACAUCCAUGACCAUACGAAGGCCUGUUAUGUACACCGUGACAUCAAAACCAGCAAUAUUCUGCUAGAUAAUGGACUGAGAGCUAAAGUUGCAGAUUUUGGGCUCGUGAAGCUUGUUCAGCGCAGCGAUGAAGAAGAAUGUGUGGCAACUCAUUUAGUUGGAACACCAGGCUACCUUCCACCCGAGUCAGUACUUGAACUUCACAUGACAACCAAGUCUGACGUGUAUGCAUUUGGAGUAGUUCUUGCAGAGCUGAUUACUGGACUCCGUGCACUUGUGCGGGAUAAUAAGGAAACUAAUAAGACAAAGUCACUAAUCUCAAUUAUGAGGAAAUCCUUCAAACCAGAAGAUCUAGAGACCUCAUUGGAGACAAUUAUAGAUCCUAAGUUGAAGGACAACUACCCCAUAGAAGAAGUGUGCAAGAUGGCAAACAUUUCGAUGUGGUGCCUAAGUGAGGAUCCAUUGAACCGACCUGAGAUGAGGGAGAUUAUGCCAACGCUGGCUCAAAUCCAUUUGACCUCAAUAGAGUGGGAAGCGUCACUUGGAGGUGACGGGGAAGUAUUUAGUGGUGUUUCCAAUGGUAGAUGAUUAGGCUGCUUUGACAGUGACAAAUAAUUCACUUCUUUUAAUUUUAUUUGAAGGAGAAUACUUCUUGGACUGCACUUUGUUAAUUUAUUCAUUUCCUUGUGAACUGUUAAGG